UCUUAGAGUAGUACUGUGUGGAUAACGAUUGAGUUGAAGUCAUGAAUUCCAUCAUAUUUUUGACCGCAUUAUUGAGUCUAUUGGCAACAGUUACCUUUGCGCAAUUGAUAGUCGAGUUACCCAAUGGAAAACUACUGGGACGUGAUCAGGGAUUGUAUUACACCUACGAGUCCAUACCAUAUGCAGAGCCUCCAGUGGGCGAGCUGCGGUUCGAGCCUCCUCAGCCUUACAAGCAAAACUGGACUGAUGUGUUUGAUGCCACAAAACCUGCAGUGGUAUGCGCUCAGUGGAGCCAAUUCAUUUUGCAGCCCUACAAAAAGACGGGCAGCGAGGAUUGUCUGACUGUCAGUAUAUUUAAACCAAAGAGCGAAACUCAAAAGACUUUCCCGGUUAUAGCAAAUAUAUUUGGUGGAGCUUUUUCUUUUGGUGGCACGGUUGAAGAUGGAGCUGUGCCACUGAUGUCCAGCGGCAAUGUAAUCGUUGUGAAAAUAAACCAUCGAGUUGGAUCGUUGGGUUUCAUCAACACUGGUGAUUCUGAGCUUCCAGGGAAUGCGGGACUUAAGGACCAAAGGUUGGCAUUGCGCUGGAUUAAGGAUAAUAUUGCUUACUUUGGUGGGCAGCCUGACAAUGUACUUUUCCUGGGAUUCUCUUCAGGUGCGGCAUCAGUGCACCUUCAACUUAUGAACAAGGAACUGGAAGGUUUGGUUAAGGCAGCCGUUUCAAUCAGUGCCAAUGCUUUAGAUCCUUGGGUGGUGCAGAGAAAUAAUGGACGACAUCAUGCUUUUGAAGUGGGACGUAUUGUCGGCUGUGGUCAGCUAGAUUCGAGCAAAGAGCUCAAGAAGUGUUUGAAAACCAAAGAUGGAUUGGAAAUAGCAUCUGCGUUAAGUCAGUUUCUAAUCUACAACUACGUUCCAUUUGCACCUUUUGGUCCUGUGGUCGAACCAGAGAGCUCCGCUGAUCCAUUUAUUACGGAACACCCGAUUGACAUUAUUAAGAGUGGAAAGACUGCGCAAAUUCCUUGGCUGGUCACUUACACUCCAGAGGAUGGUAUCUAUGAUGCGGCUCUUGGGCUUUUAAAGCAGUCCAAUGGCAAAGAGAUGAUUGACGAGCUGAACCAUCGCUGGUAUGAAGUGGCACCCCUUUUAUUCUUUUACCGUUAUCAAACGAAGACCGUAGAAGAAAUGGACAACCACUCGAGAGAUCUACGACAGCAUUACAUGGGUAAUCAGAGCUUUGGCGUGGACACGUACUUUCACUUUCAACGGAUGGUCACGGAUAUCAUGUUGAAGAAUGCAACUCAAAAAUCAAUAGACCUACAUCGCAAAUAUGGAAAAAGCCCCGUGUAUUCGUAUGUUUACGAUAAUCCAGCAAAUAAUAAUUUUGCGCAAGUUUUAGCGGAACGAUCGGAUAUUCUUCUUGGAACGGGUCAUGGCGAUGAUUAUUUCCUUAUGAUGAACAAUCCAAUUCGAGAACCGUUGCGGUCAGACGAAAAAGUUAUCUCAUGGAAUUUUGUCAAGAUGUUGGAGCGUUUUAUCAUUACUGGAAAAUUAGUAUAUGAUAAUUGCGAAUUCCGUGACAAUGUUGGAGAAAAACAAUUUCAAUUGGUUGUGAUUCAACGAAACGGAUGCCACUUGACCCAAGUGGAUGAAUUACCUGCAACGGUGUCCAACCACAUUCCAAACAACCCAGUUAUAUAUUUCGGUUAGCGGUAGAAGUUACAAGAAAUCCAUGUCAUUUCUAACUGGGCUUAAUUACUCCAAUUUGUAUAUUUUAUAACAUAUCUAUGAUUAUUAAAACAUAUUUGUGGCGCAAAAGUUUUAUAAUUUGAAUUUAAC